GCGAAUUUGUUGGUGCGUAGACGUGAACUACGGAAUGGAAAUUGCUGGAUCAUCUGUACCUGUUGGUAUGAGAAGAGACGACAUGUGUAAAGUUAUGGCAAAAAGUACAGGGUUCCAUCGAUGGGGUGACCUUCCCGUUGACAUCAAGCUUUACAUCUUGAAAUACCUCGCUUUUCCAACAUUGAGACGCCUCAUGUUUCUGAAUAAGGAAUGCUACAACUUGAUACGCAAGAUAAAACCGAAGGUUGAGCUACGUCUUGAAGAUGCGGCGUAUUCAGCUUCCAAGAAUCAGCGUAAGCGUAAACCAGCAAAAAAUCACGACAGUGUGGAAUUACAUAUAUAUUGGGACAAUCCAGGAGCCAGUCCGAAAUCUGAACAUGAUUAUCCACUGAUAUUUGUAAAAGAAAAUGAGGAGCAGUGCUGUGUGCAGAGACUAAUAACUAAAAAGGGCAAGUUUCGCAAGCGACCAGGCACAAGAUACAGCUCAAACACCAUUACUGCAGCAACAAAAGUUCUGUUCUGGCUUUCCAAAGUUCUAGAUAUUCAAGCAACGACCGUUUCAGUGCCUUCACCAAAUGCGGACUUACAGGCUGUUCUAGCAGAGCAAUCGUCUUCACAGAAAAUAGCUAAGCAAUAUUUUGCCAUGAUUACUGAAGACAAACCCUCGAUCACUAUUGAAUUUCUGAGAUUUUUAAAACCUGGAUGCGGAGUUUCAAUCGAACAACGGAAAAAAGCAACGGAACUCUUCGAUGGUUCUGAAUUAUUUAACCAUGAAAUUAUUCGAUGCGCUCGAAGCAUACAAAUAUUCAGCGACAAGGACCUAAUGAUGACGGACCAUCAGCUUGUUCGCCUUGCAGCAGAAGAGAUUUCCAUCAACGCAUCUAACAUUACACCUGAAGCUAUCAAUAAGCUUAUAUUGGAAUGGCUGGAAGGAAAACGCAAAAUCAGUAUCAUAAUGCUGGAUACGUUGCAAACUUUGGACUCAGGGAUCAUUUUGCAAAAUGUUGAUCCGAAUGCGAUUAUGCUUUGGGAGGACUAUGUGAAACUGCCAUCCUUCCAAGGGAAGUUAAAUUUCGAAGAUGCGCCCACUCCAGUCGUCAGAGGGCCUCAAGGAUUUCUCGUAGUACGAACGGAGAAGAACUCUUGCAUGCUAGUUUCUGAUAGCUUUUCGGCCUCAUGAAAAAAAUGUGAUCACUUGAUAUAUAAUAUGAUUCUACUGCAGAGCACCUCUCACGUCUUAUGAAACACUAUAGAUGUGCUGUGCUUACAGAUGAAGUGGAAGAAGCGUUUGCUCCUUUGUUUUUUUUCACGUUUGUUCCUUGCCUCAAAUUUUUAGCUGGUGACUAAUACGAUAAACAUCUAGUGUAUGAUUGUUUCUUC